AUUACAUCGUUAAACGAGUCUGACGAUCGCGUGCAUGUAUUUUCCACAAACUAUUUUCUGAAAAUACUGUUUUCUCGUCACCAUCUGCGAGUGCGUGUAAUUUAUUUUAAUAUAAUAAUGGCGUUAUGUAGUGUGACAAAAUUCUGCAAAAAUAAGUGUUGUGCGAGUGUAUUUGGAACAUCUACACUUCCAGCGAUGUAAGAAAUCUUAUAUUAUACAUUAAUGUGAUCAAAUGGACCAAGAACAGGCUUACGCCAGGUUAUGCCAUGUCCGGAGCGGAGUAACUAGUUGAAGAAUAAAAAGUAUUAAUAUGUUUCGUUCAAUCUACAAGUUAUCAACACAUUUCAACAACCGCUGCGUAAUGGGAAUUUUAUCCAGAGGUAUAGCUGAAAAGCAUCCUAGUAUGGAAAAUUAUUUCAAAGGCAAAAGCUUCAUCGUGACAGGAGCAGGUGCAGGUAUGGGAAAAGUGAUUACUGGAAGAUUAUUAGGUUUGGAUGCGCAUGUAUUCGCAAUCGGAAGAGAUAUAGAAAGUCUACCGUGUAAAGCUGAACAAAAAAUGACCAGAAUAACCGUGGACAUUGGUGAUUGGGAGUCAACUUAUUGUAAAAUCUUAGAAAUUGGGCCUGUCCAUGGUUUAGUAAACAACGCCGGAGUGGCACACAUUGAACCUUUUUUGGAGACGACACAACACGGAUGGGAUGAUACAUUAAACGUUAACUCCAGAGGAGUGGUAAGAGCAAGCCAAGCUGCGGCUAAAAAUAUGAUUUCUGAAAAAAUCAAAGGGUCAAUAGUCAACGUAUCAUCUACUAUAUCUGAGCGAGCAAUACCAGAUCAUGUAUCAUAUUGCGCAUCUAAAGGAGCUUUGAACCAAAUUACAAGGACAAUGGCAAUAGAAUUAGGACCUCAUGGCAUAAGAACAAACAAUGUUAAUCCCACUGUUGUAUUGACCAAGAUGGGGAAGAUAGCAUGGUCAGAUCCAAAGAAGUCAGGACCGAUUAUGGAUAGAAUACCAUUAGGAAGAUUUGCAGUACCUAAUGAUGUUGCUAAUGCAGUGAUAUUUCUAUUGAGCGACUAUUCAACAAUGAUAAAUGGCCUGAAUUUAUAUGUGGAUGGCGGUUAUAUGACUUCAUAAAUAUUUCGGUAUUAAUGUUGAAAGUAAUAAAAUAAUUAUAUAAUAUAAGAUCCUACAAUAAAAUCUGUUUAAAUUGUAAUGA